AUGGAUACAGACAUCUCAACCCUCGACAUUAACAUCAUAGCACUGAAUGGAAGCAGCUACACUAAUAGUAUUGAUUGUUUCUUCAAGAUCCAAGUCAUGGGUUUUCUUUCCCUCAUCAUUUCCCCUGUUGGGAUGGUACUAAAUUCCACAGUGCUGUGGUUUCUGGGCUUCCAGAUACGCAGGAAUGCCUUCUCUGUCUACAUCCUCAACCUGGCCGGGGCUGACUUUCUCUUCCUGCACUCCCAGUUUUUAUUUUACCUUCUUGCUAUCUUUCCCUCCAUUUCUGUCCAGAUCCCUCUCUUUUUUGAUGUGGUGACAAAAUUUGCUUAUCUUUCUGGCCUGAGCAUUCUCAGCACCAUUAGCAUUGAGCGCUGCCUGUGUAUCAUGUGUCCCAUCUGGUAUCGCUGUCAAAGACCGAGACACACAUCAUCUAUAACCUGUUCCUUGCUUUGGGCUUUGUCCCUGUUGAUUGCUCUUCUGGAUGGUGUGGGAUGUGGCUUACUGUUUAAUAGUUUUGAUAAGUCUUGGUGUUUGAGAUUUGAUUUAAUCAUUUGUGCAUGGUCAAUUGUUUUAUUUGGUGUUCUCUGUGGGUCCAAUCUCAUCCUACUUGUUAAGACCUUCUGUGGCUCCCAGAGGAUCCCUGUGACCAGGCUUUAUGUGACCAUUUCGCUCACAGUGUUAUUCUUCCUAAUCUAUUGUCUUCCCUUUGGAAUCUUCUGGAUUGUCCAAUGGAGUAAAACUUUGAUAUAUGUUGGAAUUUGUGAUUAUUUUCAUGAGGGACUAAUCUUAUCCUGUAUUAACAGCUGUGCCAACCCUAUCGUUUACUUCCUUGUUGGUUUUAUUCGUCAGCGAAAGUUCCAACAGAAGUCUCUGAAGGUGCUCCUUCAAAGAGCAAUGGAGGACACUCCUGAAGAAGAAAGUGAAGACAGGGGUCCUUCAUGAAAUCCAGAAGAACUUGAAACAGUCUGUAGCAACUGA